AUGAGUAAGGCCAAGCAGCAGACUCCUCGCACUAGCGCUGGCUCGCCGUCUAAAGCCUCUCCUCGCGACGCCGAUGCUUCACAGGCUUCUCAGCUCAGCGUGUUGGUGCUGCAGGCGGAUGCACUAGAGCACGAUGAAGCUGUGCGUCAGGAGCUCAAGCGCUGUGGCUUUGUCGUGAAGCACCAGACUCUAGUUCACCUUGCGAUCGAUGCAGCACGGCAAUUUGUGCUGGACGUAUGCAACCCCCACAGCCAAAUGUAUCAACCAGCAGUAGAGGAAAGCAAAAACGAAACGCAACCAACGUCCGAGCAGCAUGAUGCGGAGGCAGGAGCUACUCAUGCACUCAAUAGUGAAGUCAACUUGGAGACGACAGUCGAAGAUAACGAGAUGAUGGAGCAUGCCAUUCACGCGCUAGCGAGCGGCCCAGCGCUGGUUCUGGGCGUCGAAAAGCCGAACGCUAUUGCUGAACUACUGCAGCUCGUUGGACCCGCUGACCCAACCGUCUGGACAGAGAGUGCACCGUCUUGUUUUCGAGCUCGGUUUGCCAAAGACGCACCUCGGAAGCUUGGACUUCGCUGCAGUAUUAGCGAGGUGACAGCUGCACAGGAGCUAGCUUUCCUGCUAGCACAUUCAGGGAGCAAGACACACGCUUAUAGUCAAAACCACGCCUCUGUAAUGUCCCUGAAUGGUAGAAUUGGAGGCAAGACUGCAGUCAUGGGGUUGGAUCAACUCCUCAACUUUCUCUUCCCGGAACACUUACAGCACCCGACUUCAGCUGGUCGGUUGUUCGUGUUUGGGCUCUACGGACCUCUGGACGAGUACUCGAGGCUUCGUAGCGGGGAGAAAGGUUUGCAUAUUGUUACAGAUCGUGAGUUAACGACCAUGUCAGCUCGUAUGGAGCGUGAGGAUAUCUUAGCGGUGUACGGUAUGUGCUCACUGUCACAAGAAGAGGAAGAAGAAGUGGUGUGUCAAGUGGACCAUCUACUCAAACGGUUCCCACAGUACACACCGCGAGACAUUGAGACACUGUUCGCUCCAUUACCUCGAGACUCGGACGGUAACAUGAGCUUCCACGACAUGCAGCAAGCUGUGCUGAAGGAGAGACUGCGUCGAGUCGUGUGUAUGAAGGAGCGACUGCAUCCAGCACUGGCCGAACCAGUUCGCAACCGAUUUUCUCGCACACUCACUCGUGUGACUGCAACGAAAAGUUCUGGUCUAGUGAACGGAGCGCCAUCGAGUUUCUUCCUUAAAGACGUCGGGGCAACCAACGUGGAGAACGCAGCGUUGGUCUCUCGUCUCCUGAGCACUCGAGCGUUCCAGAUUUGCCAGAUGGAAGAUGGCAAUUCACCUGCGCUCACUCAAAAUGUGCGACUGGUACGUCUCGACAAAGCCCAGAAAUUCGUCGAGCGCGAGCCGUGGAAUCCAAACUGCCAAAAACGCAGUCAUAACUAG